UGCAGCUGUUGUUGCCAUCUUACUCUAGUGUACACCUGUGUGUGUGUGUGUGUGAAAUGGAGUAGACCGACUUAACUGUGGAUCUGCUGUCACCAGUGUCACCGCUUGUCUGAUGACUUUGAACCCGACAGAAAUACAGAAGUAGCAACUACAUGGUGGAUGGCUGCUGUCAACUCUUGACCGUUCCGUUGUGCGAUGGCUGUCGUCUGAGGACAACCUGUGGAUUUGAAACACACACACACACACAAAUACACACUGUCUGAACUCAGUGGACACCUGAGGAGGAGAGAGAGAGGCCCACAGGACAGGAACCAUGGCGAAGUAUCACUGGCAGAGUCAAAAUGUGAAGCAGAGCGGCGUGGACGACAUGGUCCUGCUGUCCAAGAUCACUGAGGACGCCAUCGUGGAAAACCUCAAGAAGAGAUACAUGGACGACUACAUCUUUACUUAUAUCGGCCCUGUGUUGAUAUCGGUCAACCCUUUCAAACAGAUGCCGUAUUUCACAGACCGAGAAGUCGAACUAUAUCAAGGAGCAGCCCAGUAUGAGAAUCCGCCUCACAUCUAUGCCCUGACCGACAACAUGUACAGAAACAUGAUGAUCGAUGGAGAAAACCAGUGUGUCAUCAUCAGUGGUGAGAGUGGUGCAGGAAAGACGGUGGCGGCCAAAUACAUCAUGGGUUACAUUUCCAAAGUAUCUGGAGGAGGAUCGAAAGUGCAGCAUGUGAAAGAUAUCAUCCUGCAGUCAAAUCCUUUGCUCGAAGCCUUCGGUAACGCCAAGACUGUGCGCAACAACAACUCCAGCCGUUUUGGGAAAUACUUUGAAAUUCAGUUCAGCAGAGGAGGAGAGCCAGAUGGCGGAAAAAUCUCAAAUUUCCUGCUGGAGAAGUCGAGGGUGGUGAACCAGAAUGAGAGUGAGAGGAACUUCCACAUUUACUAUCAGCUGAUAGAGGGCACCAGCGCCCAGCAGAAAGAAGGCCUGGGCAUCAUGACGCCUGACUACUACUACUACCUCAACCAGUCUGGGACCUACAAGGUGGAUGGGACCAAUGACAGCAAAGACUUCCAGGAGACUAUGGAAGCCAUGCAGGUGAUUGGGAUCCCAGGUGACAUCCAGGCUCAGGUGCUGCAGAUCAUCGCGGGCAUCCUGCACAUGGGAAACAUCAGCUUCAUCGAGGCAGGCAACUAUGGACAGGUGGAGAGCACAGACUUGCUCGCCUUCCCCGCCUAUCUGCUGGGCAUUGACCCCAACCGGCUGCAGGACAAGCUGACGAGCAGAAAGAUGGAUUCAAAGUGGGGAGGGAAGUCUGAGUCCAUUAACGUGACCCUGAACCAGGAACAAGCCACGUACACUCGAGAUGCUCUGGCCAAAGCGCUCUACACGCGACUCUUUGACUAUCUGGUUGAGGCUAUAAAUAAAGCCAUCCAGAAACCACAUGAAGAAUUCAGUAUCGGAGUACUUGAUAUUUAUGGCUUUGAGAUAUUCCAGAGAAAUGGAUUUGAGCAGUUCUGUAUCAACUUUGUGAAUGAGAAGCUGCAGCAGAUCUUCAUCGAACUCACUCUGAAGGCUGAGCAGGAAGAGUACGUUCAGGAGGGCAUCAAGUGGACGCCUAUUCAGUACUUCAACAACAAGAUUGUGUGCGACCUCAUUGAAAAUAAAUUGAACCCUCCUGGUAUAAUGAGUGUGCUGGAUGACGUGUGUGCCACGAUGCACGCCAAAGGAGAAGGUGCAGACAGCACUCUGCUGCAGAAGCUGCAGGCCGCUGUGGGGACACAUGAACACUUUAACAACUGGAACUCCGGCUUUGUCAUUCAUCACUACGCUGGAAAGGUGUCGUAUGAUAUCAUUGGCUUCUGUGAGAGAAACCGGGAUGUGCUUUUCCCCGACCUCAUAGAGCUCAUGCAAAGCAGUGACUAUGACUUCAUCCGUAGCUUGUUCCCUGAAAACCUUAACACUGAUAAGAAAAGCAGGCCAACCACAGCCAGCUCCAAGAUCAAGAAACAAGCCAAUGAUCUGGUGAACACCCUGAUGAAGUGCACGCCGCAUUAUAUCCGCUGUAUCAAACCAAAUGAGACGAAAAGACCUAAAGACUGGGAGGAGAGCAGGGCUCGGCAUCAGGUUGAAUACCUGGGACUUCGGGAGAACAUACGCGUGAGGAGGGCUGGGUUUGCAUAUCGCAGGCUCUUCAAUAAGUUUCUGAUGAGGUAUGCCAUUCUGACAGCGGAGACGUGGCCGGGCUGGAGGGGUCCCGAGCAGCAGGGGGUCCUGCACCUGCUCCGCUCUGUCAACAUGGAUAACGACCAGUAUCAGAUGGGACGCACCAAGGUCUUUGUCAAGAAUCCUGAAUCGCUGUUUUUACUGGAGGAGAUGAGGGAGAGGAAGUUUGACACCUUUGCCAGGAUCAUCCAGAAAGCCUGGAGGAGAUACAUUGCCAGGAAGAAGUAUGAACAAAUGAGAGAGGAGGCCUCAGACAUCCUGUACAACGCCAAGGAGCGGAGGAAGAACAGCAUCAACAGGAACUUUGUCGGAGAUUAUCUGGGUCUGGAGCAGAAGCCGGAGCUGAGGCAGUUUCUGUCCAAGAGAGAGCGAGUCGACUUUGCCGAUUCAGUCAAUAAGUUUGAUCGCAGGUUCAAGUCUAUCAAGAGAGAUUUGAUCUUGACGCCCAAAGGCAUCUAUCUGAUUGGUCGAGAGAAGGUGAAGAAAGGGCCUGAGAAGGGACAGAUUAAAGAGGUGCUGAAACGAAAACUGGAGUUCGAGAGCAUCAGUAGUGUCUCGCUCAGUACAAGACAGGAUGAUUUCUUCAUCCUGCACGAGGCUCAGUACGACAGCCUGCUGGAGUCCAACUUUAAGACUGAGCUCCUCAGCCUGCUCUCGAAGCGCUACGAGGACGUCACCAAGAGAAAACUGACAAUCACCUUCACUGACAGACUGGAGUUCAGAGUGAAGAAGGAGGGCUGGGGUGGAGGAGGAUCCAGGGUGGUGGCAUUUCAGAGGGGACAAGGAGACCUGGCCCAGCUCAAACCUGGAGGGAAGACCCUCACCAUCACAAUAGGAGACGGUCUACCUAAGUCCUCCAAGCCGACCAGGAAAGGUGCUCCUCAGUCUCAUGGUGGAGGGAGAAACCAUCCGGCUGGCAAAGCUCAUCAGAAUGGAGCAGCCAAGUUUUCCAGAGCGCCCUGCAGACAACCAUCAGACAUCACAUAUUCCUCCCCACAAAGACAGGUCCGACCACCCAGCGCUGCCCUGCCCAAACUGGGCUCCCAGAAGACUCCCAGAGCCCCCGCCCACAACCAGCACAACCAAAGGAACUUGGACUUCCUCAAUGUGCCUGACCAGGGCAUGUCAGGGAAGCAGAGGAGACAGAGCAUCAGUCAGCGACCUCCUCCAGCUCCGAAACCACAGCCUCGACCCUCGGGGCCUCGCUGUCGAGCGCUGUAUCAGUACGUCGGACAGGACACGGACGAGAUCAGCUUCGAGGCCAAUGAGGUCUUUGACCUGGUCAAAGAAGAUCCAUCAGGUUGGUGGACGGGCAGGAUUCGAGGCAGGGAAGGCCUCUUCCCUGGUAACUAUGUGGACAAGAUUUGACCCGAGCCUCGCUGGAUCCUCAUGGACUUGUCCGAGUCUGUUGGGAAAUGUGUGAAAUUGUGUGUAAAACAGCGUGUAAGUACUGUUACAAAGGGAUUUGUGCACGGUCGCAUCGUCGAUCUUCAUCCCCCUACGGAAAUAGGAUCGGUGAAGCAGUUGCAUCUCGCUGACAUUUUAUUGUGCUGCACAAGCUCAGCACUGGUAACUUUGUUGUUAUGACCAUGAGACUUAAAACUCAGAUCCUCCUGCAAAGAAGAGCUCCGGUUUCAUGUCUCCUGUUGCCUUAGACUAUGUUGUUCAUAAUGACCUAGCAACAAGAUCUCUACCUUCUCCACUUUUCUUAGAACGGUUACUUUGCUGAGAAUGACUUAAAGCUUAACUUACACUCUUGAAAGAAAAGUGCCCUAAAACGCCAGAUCUCUUUUUUUGUCGGUAUCCACAGUGUUUAUAUUCACGUGAUGCUUUUACCCUGAAAUCAGUAUUCUUGAGCAAGUCACCCACCAGUGUAAUAUCAAGUAAUUCCAGGUAUCAAUAAAUGCGUCUUUAAUAACUUGAACGUUCACAUUUUUGCACCAUAACGAACCUGCCUCAGACGAGUCACAGCCGCCCACUGAGACGGGGGAAUAAACUCGAGACAACGUUUAGACGUGACCUUUGUCGUGGUCGAGUUAUAAUCGAUUGAUUUCUGAAUCUGGAGCAUGGAACAGAGAGCGGUGAUCAUUUACAAGUGUUGAAUUCUGUUGCUUUUGUGUUUUGUUUUCACUUUGUGGUUUGAUUUUUGUAAAAUAAUGUGAUUCCCCUCACUGUCAAUAAAUAUCUGCUUUUGUAUAGGCUAUUAAUAAAAAGAGGAACAAUACAAUAUGUCUAACACUG